UUUUUUUUUCAUCCUUUUAGUUGUUUUGUUCCUGGAGUUAUAAGAACUAAAUGUCUGCACUGAGAAUUGAAAACAUGAAACAAAUAUGCAUUGGAUUUUUUGUGAUUUUGUCCCUCUUCAAUGGGAACUUUGCAAAUACCAUUUACCAAGAAGGACAGGAGGUACCAGUCAAUUGUGACACCAAACAACCCGGCGUCAUUACAUUCUGGUUUAAAAUAAACACAAGUGGUGCAAAGUAUUUGUUCACUGUUAAAGGCACAGAUGUAAAGGUUAAUGCUGAUAUUGCAAAAUACAAAGUGAACAAAAUUGGUAAGGUUAGUUUGGCCAUUCAGUCUUUCAAUAAAAAGACAGACAGUGGUUUCUACACCUGCGCAGCCAUGAACAACAAUAAACUCAUCUUUGGAGAGCUGACUGAAAUUAAUGGAGAACCAGAUCCAACAACAUCACCUCCAAAAAUUGCUCCAUUACCAUCGACAACAACAAUGGCUACGACAAAAUCACAGUGUAAAUGUCCGAAACAAGGCAAACCCAGCAUCAACUGUGAGAUUUGGAUAUUGUCAUCUCUGGCCUCUGGUUGUGUUCUUCUCCUCAUUCUGCUCAUCAUCACAAUUUUGUACUGCAACCGUUUAAGAACAAGACGAUGUCCCCACCAUUACAAAAGACAACCCAGACCUGCUGGCCAUGCAAAACUGCCCAACAACCACUUCUAGCCCCAGUAAAGUCACAGAAGUCAAGUACUAGUUAAAGAUCUCUUUGAUUCAAUUUCUUCUCAAUGAGCAAAUUCAAAAUCAAUUUCUUCCUUCAUGAUUAUUCAGACUGUAAAAUCUUAAAUCUUAAUCUUUUAAUCUUUCACAAUGAAAAUGUUUAAAACACCACUAUUUCUUUUCCAGUCAGUUUAGACGAUUUUUAUAGUCAUUAUGUCUUUGUAUCGGUUAGGGUUACAUUUUAUACUAUGACAGUAAUCAGUUUUUUUUUUUUUAUCUUAAUCUGUUCCUAGUGAAAUGUUUUGUGUUUGCUUCAAUGUAGGCUUAUUAAAUGAAGCUUAUUUUGAUUUAAAGUGAUGUCAAAAAUGAUCACAAAAGCAUUUUAAGCUUUAAAUUACAUCAUGUUCAGUGUCACUUUGCAUAAUUGUAAUCUGCUUAAAAGAGAAAUCUGCCAUCUGCUGGCUGUCAGUGAUAUGGAGUAUCAUUCUCAUAUUGUACAUUGUGCUGAGAUAUAAGCUUCACAGAACAACAUUCUGUUGCUGUCUAUUUCUACAUUAAUUUGUAACUAAAAUUCAGUUGCAAAUAAACAAAAUAUGAAGUAA